CUCCCACAGGUAAUUCCAAAGUCCAUCUUUGCAGGUUAUAUAUAUACAUUUAUAUAUUUAUAUUUAUAUCAACGAACGAACGUUCAUCAGAGCAUAUCGGACACAUUAGAGUCGAGGAGGAAAGGAAUUGGAAAUAUGAGGAAGCGUAGUCGGAAAAUUGUGGCCAGAAUCAUUGGCCGUCUAUGGCGUCUGUUUCGCAGGUGGCUCUUUUUGAUGUUCUCCUUUGGCCCCAUGCCGCAACACAUUGCGUUCAUCCUGGAUGGGAAUCGCAGAUACGCCAAGAAACAUAACCUCAAGAUGGGCGCCGGUCACACCGUCGGUUUCAACUCUCUUGUCGCUGUUCUUCGAUACUGCUAUGAGUUGGGCGUGAAGCAGGUAACCGUGUAUGCUUUCAGCAUCGACAACUUCAGGCGGAAACCGGAGGAGGUUAAGGGCCUUAUGGCGUUGAUGAAGGAGAAGAUCGAUGAGUUGUUGGAUGAAGACACCAUCGUACACAAGUUCGGAUUGAGGAUCAACUUCUGGGGAUGCCUGCACAUGUUGAGCGAGCCGGCGAGGGCGGCGGCCGAGAGGGCGAUGGCGGCCACCGCCAAUAACACUGGACCGGUUCUCUCUGUCUGCGUUGCCUACACUUCCACUGACGAGAUCUUGCGUGCCAUCAAAAAAUCGUGCUCGAAAAAGACAGCAGAGGGGUGUCUCAGAUUCACUGGCGAUCCAGUUCGCGACGGUGCAUGCGGUGCCAUCGCUGUGGCUGAUCUGGAAGAGAACCUUGACAGCGCCGAUUGCCCGGACCCUGACAUCCUCAUCAGGACAUCAGGGGAGACUCGGCUCAGUAAUUUUCUGCUGUGGCAGAGCACGUUGACCCACUUGCAGAACCCGCUUCCUCUAUGGCCUGAGUUCUCGCUGAGAAACCUGAUCUGGGCCAUCCUGGAGUACCAGAGGGUCUACCCUUACUUGGAAGCAAGGAGACGUAGUCUGGCCAAGAAGCAUAACUAAACCUCAUUAUUAUGAUGCUUUGCUUUCGACCGAUGAAUAAGUAAUAAACCACCUUACAGCA